AUGGACGAAGAACCAUUGAAACUCGUUUCCAAAGAAAGUGCACCCGAAGGACAACCAGAUCAUCUCAAGGAUGGCGAACCUACAUCCAAAGCACCAGUGAAGUGUGAUGAUGCCGUCCGCUCCAGAAUCAAAGAGCCGACACCGAACAGCCAAGACCAGCCUUUUGGAAGUCUAAAUGACUUGUACCUUUCCGAAUCAGUAGGUACUCUGGAAACCAAUAGCGAUUCUUCACGAGCUUCACCGUCUUCCGGAGUCAUGUCAGAUCGGGUUCAGCGGAUCGCAUCAAGCAUAUACGCAGAGUUUGAGGCCAUGAUAGAAGCGUACGGUCUACCAGUGGUUGAACGUUUGAUGCCUUUGGUUAUUGGAGUUCUAGAAAAUUUAGACGAAUUGUAUAAGGACCAAUCAGCAUACCAUGAAGAAGUUUACCAAUUGAGGGAACAAAAUGCCUUUAUGGUCGGUGAACUGGAGCGUGAAAAAGAUCGCCGGAAGCAAGCAGAACUGGUACGUGGUUUGUGCUUGUGA